GUGGACGGGGGGUGGGUGGGGGGGAACGGGCCGAGUUCCCGGUGGCUCCUGCAGGGACCCCAGCGUGAAACCACGAAUGCCCAGGCUUUGACUCAGUGUACGGGUGAGCCCGAUCCUGCUCUGGAAGUGGUUAGUAGUGUACGCUGCCACCUGCGGACUGCUCCUGUCUGCCUCCGCAUGACCUGGCCGGCUCUGGGAGUCUACUUCCUUCCCACAGACGUUUUCCACCCGCACCGCUGCUCCCAGCACGUUUCCUGCAGGCCGCGAGAGCUGCCCAUCCUUUCCGGCCCCCAUCCAACCAGUCCAACAGCAAGGCAGACCAACUGGACCAACUGACCAACUGGACCGCCAGAGCCAGAAUUGGACCAGACGAGAGGCCGGGAGUGGCAGGGAGAGGCUGCCCAAGUGCAGCUCUGCCAGAACGCAGGAGGCCAGGUGCCGCUGAUGGAGUCCCUGUUCCCAGCUCCAUUCUGGGAGGAGCUGUAUGGCCGCCACCUGCAGGGCAACCUAUCUCUGCUGGGUCCCAACCACAGCCUGCCACCUGCCCACCUGCUGCCAAACGCCAGCCACGGGGCCUUCCUGCCCCUGGGGCUCCAGACCACCAUCGUAGGGCUCUACCUGGCCGUGUGUGUUGGUGGGCUCCUGGGAAACUGCCUCGUCAUGUAUGUCAUCCUCAGGCACACCAAGAUGAAGACAGCCACCAACAUCUAUAUUUUCAACCUGGCCCUGGCAGACACCCUGGUGCUGCUUACUCUGCCUUUCCAGGGCACUGACAUCCUGCUGGGCUUCUGGCCAUUCGGCAAUGCCGUGUGCAAGGCCGUCAUUGCCAUCGACUACUACAACAUGUUUACUAGCACCUUCACCCUGACUGCCAUGAGUGUCGACCGCUAUGUGGCUAUCUGCCAUCCCAUCCGAGCCCUGGAUGUUCGCACCUCCAGCAAAGCCCAGGCUGUGAAUGUGGCCAUCUGGGCCUUGGCCUCUGUGGUUGGUGUCCCCGUUGCCAUCAUGGGCUCGGCACAGGUGGAGGAUGAAGAGAUCGAGUGUCUGGUGGACAUUCCUGCCCCUCAGGACUACUGGGGCCCAGUGUUUGCUGUCUGCAUCUUCCUCUUCUCCUUCGUCAUCCCCGUGCUCAUCAUCUCUGUCUGCUACAGCCUCAUGAUCCGGAGGCUGCGAGGUGUGCGCCUGCUCUCCGGCUCACGGGAGAAGGACCGGAACCUGCGCCGCAUCACGCGACUGGUGCUGGUGGUGGUGGCUGUGUUUGUGGGCUGCUGGACACCAGUGCAGGUGUUCGUGCUGGUGCAGGGGCUGGGCGUGCAGCCGGGUAGCGAGGCUGCUGUGGCUGCCCUGCGCUUCUGCACAGCCCUGGGCUAUGUCAACAGCUGCCUCAACCCUGUGCUCUAUGCCUUCCUGGACGAGAACUUCAAAGCCUGCUUCCGCAGGUUCUGCUGCGCGUCUACCCUGCGCCGCGAGAUGCAGUUGUCAGACCGUGUGCGAAGUGUUGCCAGGGAUGUGGCCCUAGCUUGCAAGACGCCAGACACAGUGCCACGGCCCGCAUGACUAGGCGUGGACCUGCCCAUGGGGCCCAUCAGUCCCCAGAGCCCAUCCACACCCAACACAGAGCUCACACAGGUCACUGCUCUCUAGGUUGACUCCUGAGCCGCCGACGGGCUUCACCUUGGGCCCAGGCACUUUGCAGCACCAUGGGACAGUGUUGAGGUUGCCACUGUGACCCCAUUGGACCAAGCUGCCAUUCUGGAGCAGAGAGCUCUAUAGUAUAUAUGUGCAUGCUCCCAGCUCCAUGUUACUGGCCUGUGAUCUGCUGUGGUGGCCAAGUGCUGCACAGGCACAUGCCUGCAGCGGGAAUAGCCCCUCACAGUCGUGUGCUCCACGUGUCGGUCGUGAAUUGUCUGCCAGCUGUCAGCUUUGUGGCCUUUCCUCUGGACUGCUGAGCAGGCCCGAUAUAGGCACUCCUCUGAGCUUGCCCAUCUGGCUGCACCCAUAUUACUGGCACCCUGGGAGGAUGUUUGCAGGGGUUGCCAGCCAUGGCAAGAAGCUUCUACUGACCUGUGCAGCCUGCUGCUCCCUGUGUACCCCCACCUGUGGUUCAGUCCAGGGUCCCCCACGUCCACCUGUCCUCGGGAGCCUGACUGGUGACUCCUCAGUGGGCCUCUCUUCUGGGACUGAGCUGAACGCUGCAUGCAGGAAAAGGCAGGGCUGAUCCAGCAGGUGGAGGCCGGGAGCUGUGCCUCUGGCUCAGGGUAGGAUGGUACAGCAUCCUCCAUGCGGUUCUCUAUUGUCAACUGCCUCAGCCCCAGGCCCUGGGGUGUCCGGGUGAAACUUGAGCUUCCUGCUGACCAGCGGCCUUGGGAAAGAUGUGCUCCAGCUGAACCUUGGGGGUCCUUUUCCCUGGGGCAGCAGUUGCUGACCGUGCAGAAGCUUCUCUGUGAAUGAGGCACUGACCCUUGCAACCUGGGAAGGACCUCUACCAUCAAUGAAACCUUGGCCAGGUGACCUCAGGCCCCUGGAAAGAUCAGGAAGGACUGGCUAUGCCUCAGCUGCAGAUCGUGGGCAUGGUGCUGCCCGCGCUGUCUUCUGUGUGCCUGUGCUGGCGUCUGUGUCUUGCCCCGUUCAUGCAUGCAGCAUGCAGCCAGCUUUGGCUCCCUGGGCAGGGGAAGGGCCUCAGUAAACCUCCCCUGCAGCGACUGCUCUCUUUUUCACGGGCAUUUCUGACUGUCUCUGCGGGCCCUUCUACCGACUCAGCUCAGUCCAGGUGUUGACUGGUCAUGUCUGAGGGCUGGGUGGGGCCCCCUGGGGAAGCUGGAAGCUUCUGAGUCCUACCCAUGAUGGGGUCCCUUCACGUGAGGCUCCACCCACGCCAGAGGCUCCACCCCUAUGCCCCAGGCCCC